GCAUGCAUGAGAAAAUUGCAUCACCCAAGCACGUGUUCUCUUUAAUCUUUUUAGUUUUUCUUAUUAAUUUAAUAAAUGUAAAAAAUUUUUUUUUUUAAUUCAUUUUAUUUAUUUAUUAUUACAGAGAAUAUGUUUGUGGAAGAGGCUCUUGAAGCAGCGAUUUAGAGGGAGGAUUUUAACGCUCGAGAGGUUGCAGAAGGAGUACGAGGAGCAACCAAAUGAAGUCAUCGCCGUCCCAAUUUCUAUUCUCAGAGAUGAAGGAGACGCUGAAUAUGAUGCUGAUGAUGAGACAACAACGGAUGAUGAUGAUGAUGCUGAUGAUGAGACAACAAUGGAUGAUGAUGAUGAUGAUGAUGAGACAACAAUGGAUGAUGAUGAGGAUGGAAUCAUUCAAGAUCAUGACCUGGAAAAUGAGCAGGAGGAUGUUUCAAUGGAAAUAUCUUUUAUUGACUUGGUCAGUGAUGAUGAUGAUGAUGAUGAUGUAAUAUAUUUAACCAGAGACACACGGGAUCAAGAAUAUGAAGAUGAAGAUGAUGUUGAUGAUGCUGAUCAGGAUGCUUUAAUGGAUAUUCCUGUAAUUGACUUGGUUAGUGAUGAUGAUGAUGAUGCAGACACCGUCAUUUUAGAACCAGAGGAGCUGGUUCGGAGGGUCGAGGAUGCAGAUUUCUACAAUUGCUCCUAUACGCCGAGUGAGAGGUCCAGAAGGGGACGAAUUUGUCGUGACCCAAUGUGGUCACAAGAUUAUUUGUUUUAUUAAAUAAUGAUUAAAUGAAUAAAUAAAUAAUUUCCAAUUUUUUUUCCAAGUAUAUUGUUUUUUUUUUUUUUUAAUUAAUCCUA